AUGGAGGUGAGUGAACAUAUAGAUGAUCAUAUAUUAUCUCGUUAUAAGAUAAUUCAAAAAAUUGGAAAGGGUGCGUAUGGUAUAGUUUGGAAGGCAGUGAAACGAGAUACGAAUGAAGUGGUGGCGUUGAAGAAGAUUUUUGACGCGUUUAGGAACUCAACAGAUGCUCAGAGAACUUAUAGAGAAAUAAUGUUCUUACAAAAGCUUAAAAAAUGUCCAAACAUUGUGAAAUUGAGGGAUGUGUACCCUGCAGAUAAUAACAGAGACGUUUAUCUCGUUUUCGAGUAUGUUGAAACUGAUUUACACGCCGUAAUCCGCUCAAACAUUCUUGAGGAAGUACAUAAACGUUAUAUUCUUUACCAAUUAUUAAAGGCUAUUCACUUUAUUCAUACUGGUGACUUACUUCACAGGGAUCUUAAACCCAGUAAUGUACUAUUGAAUAACAAGUGUAAUAUUAAAUUGGCUGAUUUCGGUCUUGCUAGAUCUGUAGCACCAAAUAAUAAUUCACUUGAUAAAUGUUUAUCAAAAGAUAAUCAUACUGGAACAGGAAUUGUAAUGACGGAUUAUGUAGCAACACGUUGGUAUAGAGCACCAGAGAUAUUAGUAGGUAGUACGAAAUAUACUAAAGGAGUAGAUAUGUGGGCAAUAGGUUGUAUAUUUGCAGAAAUGUUAAUUGGUAAACCAAUGUUUCCAGGUUCAUCAACAAUAAACCAAUUAGCAAAAGUAAUUACAUUUACGGGUAUGCCAUCAGAAGAAGAUAUGGAAUCAUUGUCAAGUCCAUUCACUAAAGUUAUGAUCUCAUCACUCAAUACAAUACGUCGUAAAAAUAUUAAGGAAUAUUUCCCAAACACUUCUGAAGAAUGUUUGGAUUUAUUAAGUAAAUUAUUACAGUUUAAUCCAACCAAGAGAAUUAAUACUGUAGAAGCACUUUCUCAUCCAUAUUUGAGUAAUUUCCAUAAAAACACACCAUUACCAAGAUUAUCCAGAGCUAUUAGUAUACCCGUCUGUGAUAAUGUCAAAUAUGAUCUCAUCAAUUAUCGUCAUUUAAUAUAUAAAUUCAUUCAAUCCAAUUCCAAUAUUAAUAAUUCUCUCGAUAAUACUAUUAAUACCGUUAAUAAUGUGAAUUCUGGGAAUACUGUUGGUACGGUGAGUAUGGUGAGUAAUUCGGUGAAUACUGGUAAUACUGGUAAUACAGUGAAUUUGGUGGAUAAAAGUGUUGAUAGUAUUAAGAAUAUAAAUUAUUCAAUUACUAAUGUUAAGAAUAUGAAUAAUAGUAAUGGUAUAGAAAAUAAUUUUAGUCAAUGUAAUUUGGAUGUGAAUUCAGUUCAAAAUAAUCAAAAUAUGAAUUUAGAUAGUGGAAAUAGUAAUUUAUGGAUAAAAAAUAAUUCAGAUAUAAACUUAAAUUUAUCCAACACGAACAAUACGAGUAAUAUGAGUAAUGUGAGUAAUAAUGUGAGUAAUUCGGUGAAUACGGUGAAUAUGGUGAAUAAUUCCACCAAUAAUACCAAUAAUUCCAAUAGUAUGAAUAAUAUGAUAGAAGAGAGUAUGAGAUAUUAUAGUAUAAAUAGUAAUGAAGAAUAUGAAAUGUAUGAAAAGGGUAAAUUAUCAGUAGAAUAUUUAAAGGCAAAGAAUCUUGGAAGUAUACUUAAACCAAUACAAUAUCAAAAUAUAAAACCACAAUUUAAUACUAAAGGACAAUUCAAUAAUAAAUUUAUUAAUACGAAACUGCAAUUUAAUAAUAAUAAAUUUAUCAAUAAUAAUAAAUUUCCAAAUAAAUUACAAUUCAAUAACAAUAAUAAAGGGCAAGUCAAUACUAAUAAUAAAGGACAAAUUACUAAUAACAAGGGACAAGUUACGAAUAAUAAAUAUAAAGGACAAAAUUUUCCUGAUAAAAGAUUUAAUACUUUUCAACAUUUCAAUACAUAUAAUACAAAUCAAUUCAAUACCAAUACUAUAAAUCAUAAUAUACACAAUACAUUUACUAAUAAUCCAAUAAAUAAUAUGAAUAAUAUGAAUAAUGGAAUGAUUGGUAUGAUUGGUAUGAAUAAAGAAUUUGGAGUUGGGAAUAUAUUUCCAUUAUGUAAAUUUGUACCAAAGAAACAAGAAAGAUUUGAUUCUAUAAAUCAAUAG